AUGAUUUUUGCCGUGAUAGCACACAGAGCUCUAGUAGAAGCAUUCAAAGGAAAGGUCUUCUCUCUUAUGUCAGUUAUGAUAGAUUCAGCUCCAGACUGCAAUAAGUAUCAAUUACCAGCAUGUACCAGAGACUUUAACCCUGUGUGUGGAAGUGACAUGUCCACUUAUCCCAAUGAGUGUACUCUGUGCAUGAAAAUCAAGGAGGAUGGUCAUGAUAUUAAAAUAAUUCGAGAUGAACCGUGCUGAUGGAGCACUUUACAGAAGAGAAAUUGGAGAGCCAUCUUCAACUGCACGCUAGAUGAAUUUCAUUUCCCCUUUUUCUCUUUUGCUAUGUUUCUUUGCAUGAGAUUUGUUAACCCACAUUUUCGGAGAGGAGGUGUGGAGGAGAGCCAUGUGCAGUGAUUGAUAAUUAAAAGAAAAUAAAAAGAAUCCUUGUUUCUUGGCUUUUGCCCCUUGAGUUAAGCUUAUUGCCCAGAUGACUUGUGCGUUGCUUUAUUUAGUUGGAAUAAAAUCAGCGUUGUAUUCA